AUGAAGCCUGGUAUGGAUAUGAGGCUGGAAUUGCCGGCGGACGUUGUCUUCUGGGUCACAUCCCUCUACAUCUCCUGGGCCAUCCAGGAAGGUGGACUGGGCCGGUCGGCCAUGCAAAAGCUCGAGAACCUCGCUAUUGAGUUGCCUUUUGAGGCGAGAGUCCUAACGUUAGAUACGCCCACCAAGGAGUUCCAGCUGUCGCCCGAGUUCAUUAAGAUGUCUUACUCUGACAGCGGCUGGGAGGUUCCAAAGGUAUUGCGGAGCACUCAGGAAUGGUAUGAACGCCAGGGGUAUGCCGUCUUCCACCGCGAUGAUGAAGCAUACCCGUGGACACACCCCACAAGCGGGCAGGUUCAUAAGCUGCCGCUGGUGUUCAUGAGAAAAGACGUCUGGUCGCGGUACGAUGAUGGCAAUGACGCUGGUGAAAGUACGAAUCUCUCCUCAACAGUUUCGUGA